GGUUGAUCCAUUUGAAACCCUUGUCCACUUCGCUAUGGCUGGGCAUCUGAGUUACCAUGGCUCAAAUUGAAAUUAUUCCAUGCAAGAUCUGUGGAGACAAGUCGUCAGGAAUCCAUUACGGCGUCAUUACGUGUGAGGGCUGCAAGGGCUUUUUCAGGAGAAGUCAGCAAAGCAAUGCCACCUACUCCUGUCCUCGUCAGAAGAACUGUCUGAUUGAUCGGACCAGUAGGAACCGCUGCCAGCACUGUCGGCUGCAGAAAUGUCUCGCCGUGGGGAUGUCCCGAGAUGCCGUGAAGUUCGGGCGGAUGUCCAAGAAGCAGAGGGACAGCCUGUACGCCGAGGUGCAGAAGCACCGGCUGCAGCAGCAGCAGCGUGACCACCAGCAGCAGCCCGGGGAGGCUGAGCCCCUCACGCCCACCUACAGCAUCUCGGCCAAUGGGCUGACGGAGCUGCACGAGGACCUCAGCGGCUACAUGGACGGGCACACCCCCGAGGGCAGCAAGGCCGACUCGGCCGUCAGCAGCUUCUACCUGGACAUCCAGCCCUCGCCUGACCAGUCGGGGCUGGACAUCAACGGGAUCAAACCCGAGCCCAUCUGUGACUACACACCAGCAUCCGGCUUCUUUCCCUACUGUUCCUUCACCAACGGAGAGACCUCCCCGACCGUGUCCAUGGCAGAGCUAGAGCACCUUGCGCAGAACAUAUCCAAAUCCCACCUGGAAACAUGCCAGUACUUGAGAGAAGAGCUCCAGCAGAUCACGUGGCAGACCUUCCUGCAGGAAGAGAUUGAGAACUACCAGAAUAAGCAGCGGGAGGUCAUGUGGCAGCUGUGUGCCAUCAAAAUCACAGAAGCGAUACAGUACGUGGUGGAGUUCGCCAAACGCAUCGACGGGUUCAUGGAGCUGUGUCAGAACGAUCAGAUCGUGCUUCUCAAAGCAGGUUCACUGGAGGUGGUGUUCAUCAGAAUGUGCCGUGCCUUCGACUCUCAGAACAACACCGUGUACUUUGACGGGAAGUACGCCAGCCCUGAGGUCUUCAAGUCGCUAGGUUGUGAAGACUUCAUUAGCUUUGUGUUCGACUUUGGGAAGAGCUUGUGUUCUAUGCACCUGACCGAGGACGAAAUUGCAUUGUUUUCUGCAUUUGUGCUGAUGUCAGCAGACCGCUCGUGGCUGCAGGAGAAGGUAAAAAUUGAAAAGCUGCAGCAGAAAAUCCAGCUGGCUCUCCAGCAUGUCCUGCAGAAGAAUCACCGGGAAGACGGGAUUCUAACGAAGUUAAUAUGCAAGGUGUCUACACUGAGAGCCUUAUGCGGACGACACACAGAAAAGCUAAUGGCAUUUAAAGCAAUAUACCCAGACAUUGUGCGACUCCACUUUCCUCCGUUAUACAAGGAGUUGUUCACUUCAGAGUUUGAGCCAGCCAUGCAGAUUGAUGGGUAAACGUGUCACCCGAGCCCCGCUACAAUGUCCGAAGUACAAAUGCGAAAAACGGAAACGAAACAAAAAUUAACCAAGACACUUUCUACGGCCCUGCACCAGCCCCGGCGCACCAACACACUGCACAUCUUUUGGUGACCGGGGUCAGGCAGAGGAGGGGAAACAAUGAAAACAAAUAAAAGUUGGACUUGUUUUUCUCAUGCAUACGAUUUCCAUUCUGCCUACAGAUACGGACCCUUUUUCUGUCACAACUUCUUGAGCGUUGGCCUGUUUACAAGGAGGAGGGUACUAAAGCCGGAGGAUUUCCUUUUCUUGCAGCUCACUGCCCACAGACUUCCUGCAGAGAUCCUGGCGGUGGUCGGUGACGGGUGUGCGUGGCGAAGGUGGCAGCGUCACUCAGCCUGCCCUUUGUCUCACGAAGGAAGUUUUUUUUUUUUCUCCCACCGAUGGUUGCCAGUGAGCGGGAUGGCAGGAAAAGGGUCCACAGCACUAACAACAAUAGCAUUACAAUAUAUUACAGGGUAAAUGGGCAUGAAGACUAUAUAUAACUAAAAGAGAUAUUGUUUAUAUAUUGUUUUAAUUAAUAUAAAAUGUAGUUAUUACUGGUGUAGCUUUUCCUGUUGAAUUGAUAAGGCACUUUCAUUUUGCACCUUUUUCUUUAAAUUAAAUGCUAGCGUGUUCACUGUUGUGUCGCAUGCGCCGGAGACACAGGUGUGGCUGAGAAGGCUCGGAAGGUACGUCGGGAGGUGUUUAUGCUGCUGCUUACGUAAUGACUUUUAAAAGACUGGCUGGUCAUAUCUAGAAAUCAACAUGUUGGAUUUUUUUUUCCCCCACACUUGAAUUUGAAAUUCAAAACAGAAUUCUCCC